GUGGUGCGGAACCGCGGAGUGUGUCUUGCGUAGGGCGAGAUGUUGUUUUUUUGUGGCGAUCAGCUGAACGUGGCAUCGCUGUCCGGUCUGACACAACAGUGGGAAGCACAACCAGCCCCUCCGGUCCUCCCUGCACAGAAACCCGGGCGCACAGCAGCUGAUCCCGGCGCAUCACAAUCCAGGAAAUGCGGACUUCUGGCCCCUUCGCAACGGGAUAAAUGGCUGCAGCGCCAGCACUGUAGCAAGCUGACCCAUUUAAAAGACGAACAACUAACAGUCUUGCCAACGAACAAAGAAGAUGCAAAAAAGACCUUGGGAGGACUUUUAAAAUGGCUGAGGCUAGAUAGAAGCAGAGCUGCUUUGAACGGAGAAAUGAUCCAUGUUUACCUGCAUCCAUGCGGCUCCAGGGCACCUUUUAAUGAUGCCUCAUUUUGUCCUCUUGCAUAACUUUUGGCCCACUCUGAAAAAGGUGCUCCAUUUUGAUUUACAACUUAGUCUGUCAAUGUUCCUAUGCCUCUGACCUCUCUGCUGCCAUGCGGUUAGACCAAUGAGGCUCCGAGAGCCUUUCGUUACGAGUCUGUGAGGUCUCCUCCCCACUCUAUGGAGGCUGAGCCCAGCCAUCCGGCUGAUGGGGAGCGCUCUGGAAGGCAAGCGCAGCAGCAUGUGACAUCUGAAUCUUCAUUGGGCUCUUGUCCACCUCAGCAACCCCAGCAGCCUUCUAAUCCUCGUCCUGUACACAGAGCCUUGGGCCGCCUACAAAACCGCCAACCCAAGCGCACUGAUCUGCUUCGGUUACAGCAGCAGCAAGCAGUAGCAUGGCAGCGUUCAGAUACCCCAGGUCCCUCAGGAGGCAGCUUCUUCUCUACAAGCUCCUCCUCAACCUUAUCCCUCCCCUCUACGUCCUCCACCCAGGGUGAGCAUGCUCACGGCGUUCCAACUCACUCCAGUCAACAGGGCCUAGAAGGGGUUAGCUCACCCAGGAAAGGGGAGAAGAAACCACAAAAACCAGGGAAAUAUGUGUGCACUUACUGUGGCCGUCCAUGUGCCAAGCCAAGCGUUCUUCAGAAACACAUACGAUCGCAUACAGGAGAAAGACCCUACCCAUGUGCGCCCUGUGGGUUUUCCUUUAAGACCAAGAGCAACUUAUACAAACACCGCAAGUCCCAUGCCCAUCGUAUUAAAGCGGGUCUGGCAUCCAGUCGAGAUGAGCCCAGUUUGAGUGGUGCAGAAGGCAGUGGCGCUGGAGAAGACCCUGAGGAACACACAGAAGGAGAAAGCACUGAGUCUGAGGAAGAGACAGGCCAGCACAGAAAAUCCUCUAAAGAGAUGCUGGGGCAGCAUAGGAAAGGAGGUAAGGAGCGCCUGGGAAGCUCAGAGGAGAGCCAGAGGCCUGAAGACUCCCACGCUGUCAAGCAAAGACUUGCACUGAGGCUUAGUGAGAGAAAACGUGGGCCCAUGGCUUCUCCAGAUGACCCACCCUCUUCCCUCUCCACAUCAUCUUCUUCUAUUGGGCCUGGCAGUAAAGGCAGCACAGAGUCGGGCUACUUCUCUGGAUCAGGCAGUACUGACAUAUGCCAAGUUAGCCCUCCAAGUUCCAGUGCCAAAACCUACGCAGAAAUUAUUUUAGGGAAAUAUGGAAGGCUGGGAGGGCAGCAGCGGAGUCCCCACCAGCAGCAGCCUCAUCCCUCACAUUCCUCAUCCUCAGGAACCGAGGAGAAGAACAUCUCCUUCGCCGUACCCAAAACCCAAGUAAUAGAACACAUUACCAAGCUCAUCACUAUCAAUGAAGCAGUAGUAGACACGAGUGAGAUUGACAGCGUUAAGCCUCGACGUUCCUCCCUGUCACGGAAGAGCAGCAUGGAGUCACCCAAGUUUACUGCCCCCAAAGACCCCUAUGCCUUUGAUCCCAAAGGAGAAGCCGCAGGCCCCAGUGGUUUGAGGCACAUCCAUAAUCCUGACGCUGAUCCACCGGGUACGCAGGACCAGUCAGCAGUGCCUCUGCUUAGAAGCCACUCAAUGCCAAUAUCAACCAGCCAAGGAGAGCCCUUUACCUCUGGCACCAUGUCACCCAGAGGUUACCGCCUCUGCCAAUCUUUUGAUGAGCAGCAAGCAGUGGUCGCAGAGAUGAGGAUCGGCCAUGCGCAGCGUAUGCUCAAGCGCCAGCCUGCCAUAGAGGUUCCCCUGGGAGCCGAGUCAAUGUUGGAGGAGCCCAGUCCCACCACAUCCUCCUCCUCCUCAACAAGAGGCACCGAACUACCCAGACAGCCACAGCAACAACAACAACAGCAAAAGAGUCCCGCCGUGUUUGAAUGUGGAACAUGUGGGGCCCGCUUUCAAGAAAGUGAAGUCUUCGAGGCCCACAGAAGCAUCUGCCCAGGGCAGGAGCAAGAGAGCAGGGAUGCAAGUAAAGCGUGCAGUGGAGAUCGCCCGCUGAUGAUGCACUAUAAGUUUCGAGCAUUAGCCAUGGCUGUGAGGAAGCGGAGGAAAGAGGAGAGUCUGGAGGAGGAUCCUCCCAGUCCUGGAUCUGUAGCUGUGUCCAGCAGCUCUGGAGGCCUCAUUCCAGUACCACGCAGACCAGAGCAAAAGCAGGCCCUCUCAGGUGUUUCCUUACAGACUGAACCAAACCAACAGCAGCAGCAGGACAGGAAGGGUGUGUCUGUCAUCCAACACACUAGCUCUUUUGAGAAGCAAGAGAGUAUAUCUAUGGAAAGUCAAGAUCCAGACCUCAGAGAGAGUCAGCAAACACAACCUGAGCCAAAACCAUCACCCUCUACAUCUCGCCUCAUCCGCCAGCCAAAUAUUCAAGUGCCGGAGAUACUUGUUACUGUGGAGCCCGAUGCUGAAAUGCCACCUGUGUCACCCCCGCUGACAGCAUCUUCAUCAAAGGAGGCAGAGAGAGUAGAGGAGUUCCACUGGCCUCAGCGAAGUCAGACAUUGGCCCAGCUCCCUGCAGAGAAGCUGCCACCAAAGAAGAAAAGACUCAGGCUGGCAGAAGCUGCCCAGUCCUCUGGAGAGUCCAGCUUUGAGUCUAUGUCUUUGCCUCGCAGCCCCAGUCAAGAAAGCAACAUUUCAAACUUUUCUGUUUCUUUUGAGGAUGCAGCACAAUCAGAGCAAGCUGCCCGAGCUCCCAGUAGCCAAAGUUCCCAGAUGUUGAUGGUGCCAUCUGCUUCUCACCAACACCACCAAAGCCACAAGGAGAUGAGGCGCUCAGCCUCAGAGCAGGCCCCAGCUAGUCCACAACAAACAGAGCAGAUCCCAGAGACCAGAAGUAAGUCCUUUGACUAUGGAUCCCUGUCUCCUCAGCAGUCUGCGUCCUCCUGGAAGGAAAGGAGAAAGUGUCUUCUAGUGAAGCAUGCUCCCUUAGGGGAACCAGAACAGGAAGUAGGAGGCAGAACUAGUCAGCUGCCCAGAGCAGAGAGUCCGCAACCUGGUCCUUCCUACUCUAAUCUUUCUCCUCUGUACUCCACUGGAGUAAGCUCCCAGUUUAGCCUCGAUGCCACUGGAAAGGCUUUGCAGCUGUUACAGCCACAAAUCUCUUUAUCCUCUCAGGAGGUGCUUCCUUUGCACCCCAGAGGGCAUCAAGCAUUCCACCCAGGGUCUUUGUCCCAGCUCCUCCCCGUCACCACAGCCAUAUCGGAAGUACUAUCCACCCAAAUCAUUCAAAGAGCAUAUCUACAGUCACACACAGAAUCUCCGCCUGUACAGAUACAUCCAGCACAAAUCCACAUGGCUGAAAGGUUGGGAAUACCCCUCCAUCAGCUUCCUCCCCUUUUUCCUCGCCACUUUUCUUCCAGGAAUACAUCUAGCCAGGCCAUGUACUUGCCCGUUCCUCCAAGAUUUACCACACACAUUUCUUCUCCUCAAACUACAGAAAGCAGACCCCCCAUUUCUUCUGUGUCUUCUUCACUGACUCAGGAAUCCCUUGUGACAAUCUCCUACCACCACCCGAGGCCGGUCAUCGCCACAUGCCUGGCACAGCUUGCACCAGUAGUGUCUCUUGUGGUGCCAGUACGCCUCCAGACUCAUAUACCUACAUAUGCCAGUGCAAUGUAUACCACACUUUCCCAGAUUCUGGUUUCCACCCGCUCACAGGAACCAGUUUCUUGCACGGCUAUGGUCAUCAUGGGCCAGGUGGAACGGGAGACACUGCAAAGGAGCUACUUGAAGGUCCCCUCUCCAGAUGUCAAGAGCCUUCUUCCUCUGUCUCUGUCAUCAGAGCUGGCCUCAGGAUCUGGAGAUGGAUACGGUCCACUAGGGGCAGGAGGAAGUAAGCGCAUGCUGUCCCCUGCAGCCAGUCUUGAGCUCAGCACAGAAGCCCAGCGUCACCAGAAAAGAGUUAAAGAGGAGGAAGAGGAGGAGGAGGAGGAGCACCAUAAGGAAGAAGAGGAGGAGGGCCGUGUGGAACCAAAGGUAGUACAGGAAGAAGAAAGGAAGGCAACUGGGAAAAAGCUGGAAAAGGAAAAGAAGAAAUCGGAUACAUUAGAAGUAACGAGUGUGGAUGUGCAGGGGCAGCCAGAAGAGCAGCCAAGGAAAAAUGACAGGGAAGAAAAGGUGGAAGAGAAGGAAACAACUGAGAAGAUCACCCAAAAAAAGGAAGCUGUGUCAGCUGUGGAGGUGGGUGCAAGCGCAUCUUCGUUCCCCAGCCUCCACACUUCAACCUCAGUCAACUGGUGCUACCAGAAGUAUGUCAAACCCAACCCAUCUGCCCAGAGGGACCCCCGCACUUCAGUUUAUUCAACCUGGAGCGUCAGCGCUCACAACCCCAACUUGCCAGGCAUCAGCACAAAGGUCGCCCUGUCUCUGCUCUGCUCUAAACAGAAGCACACUUCUGAGAUUUAUACCAUGGCUACGGCCCCUACUCCAGCCGAAGGCAAAGUGGCCCCUGAAAACAGCAGGACGCCACAUGUGUCAGAGGUACAUGCCACCCCACCCAGCACCCUCACUGAAGUAAAGGAACAGCAGCAGCCUGAAAAGAAGGAAGAAAAUAAAGAGAUGCGAGAAGUGGAGAGACCAUCCACCUCCAAGCAGAGCGAGCCUUCUCGGGUUUGCAUCUUUGAAGGAGGGUAUAAGUCCAAUGAGGAGUAUGUUUACGUGAGAGGUCGCGGCAGGGGAAAGUACAUAUGCGGAGAGUGCGGCAUCCGCUGCAAGAAGCCAAGCAUGCUGAAAAAGCACAUCAGAACGCACACCGAUGUCCGUCCAUACAUUUGCAAACACUGCAACUUUGCCUUCAAAACCAAAGGAAACCUUACAAAACACAUGAAGUCAAAGGCUCAUGGGAAAAAAUGCCAGGCAAUGGGUGUAUCUGAGUCAUCAUUGGAUGAGCCGGAGAGCGAGGAAACAGCAGGGAGUGAAGAGCGUGUGUGCGGCUCGGAGGAACAGGAGGAGCAUCAGUUUUCUGACGUGGAGGAGUCAGAUGACGACGAAGACGACGACGAUGACGAAGAAGAGGAAGAGGAGUCCACGUCCCACGAGGACCCACCGUCCUCUGUAUCGUCUGACACCCACCCAUCAACAGGGGGCCGUUCAAGCUCCAGCAGGCACUCUAAGCAAGGCACUCCUGACCCCGAGCCUCUGGGUCCCAUUCCCUGCACCAGCCAGGAGCCCUCCCCACGUGGAGUUUGGCCCGGCAGAAGAGCGGCCUCGCCGGGGAGCAGGAGAGCAGUGUUCUCCCGGCGAGGCUGGAAAGGAUCUCCAAGAGCCUUCUCCCCAAGCAGUGAGAGCUGUUCCCCCAGCCGCAGCCUCUCCCCCCGCCUGGAGUAUUCGUCACCCAUCCAGAGCCUCUCUCCGAGGACAGAGCUCCCCUCGCCCAGCCGACAUGUCUCACCUUCCCCCGAACGAGGACCUUCUCCCAUCAGACCCCUUUCUCCUCUCCUUCCCCUUUCACCCAGCUGCUACCGGUCGUCACAGGUUCCAACACCUCCCUCGCCCCUGGGGAUGCAGCACAGAACCCCUGGGUACUUACCGUGGGAGAACCCUGGUACAUCAGGUAGUCACAUCAAAGUGGAGAAAAGCAGAACAGCAGGAGAAGGGCCAACAUGGUCAGACACCAGCCUGUUUCCACCUGCUUUUCGCAUUUCCACUUGUGCGGGUUAUCCUGGCCACCAGACAACAGACAACAUCUUCAGCCAUCUUCCCAUGCACUCCCAGCAAGCCAAGGUCCCUUAUCUGAUGAUCCCAAUAGGAGGGAUCCAAAUUGUACAGGCAAGACCAAGGUCCCACGCUACUACCCCCUCGUCCCCAACAUCACCCCCAAUGGAGGGGCCAUCACUGGCCAGGUUUGAAACAUACUGGGGCGGGCCCCCCAGGACUCAAGGGCUUAGGACUCCUGGAGACCACUGGUCAGAGCACCAGACAGCAGGAACCAGCCAGUCAGGGCAGCAAGGUCUUAGCACAGCACUAACAUUUUCCAAACCAGAGUUGGAGGCCACAGACUCAAAGCAAUAUGGCAGCUCGCACAGCUCCGUCCACACCCACGGGUCCUCUACUGAGACCACUGAGCACUGCGCCAGUGACGACCGUUCAAGAGCACCCCCUAGUCUAACGCCCCCGGUAGCCUCGAGCGUCAUCGGACAACAGCCAGAGAGGGAGGAACGAACAUCUGGUAGUGAUAUGGUGGAGGGAGGAGCUAAAGGAGACUCCGCCACAGGAGACCAGAGAACUUGACAGCGUCUACACUUCGAUGCAUUGUGCAUCCCAUUUUGCUUUAUUGUUUGCUACACUAGUCUGUUUUUUUUUGGUUUUUUUAAUUGCUUUGGGGAUUUUUUUAUAUACAUUUUCAAUACUAUUGUUAAUUUAAAUGUUUGCUCUUUGGCAAUAUUCAGGUUUGUUAUAAAGAUGCACUUUUUUCUUUAUGAAA